UCUCACUUUGGGAUCAGCAAAACAUACAGACAAAUAGCUGGACGCGUUUGGCUAUGUGAUAAAUAGAUGAUAAAGUUAAAAAUAAAUAAGUACUCGUUUUGAUUUUCGUCAGCAUUUCGAAAAGGCAAUGCUUUUCGGCUAUCAAUAGAGUGACCAUCUUCACUGUUGACGAUCUCCGCCGCUCCUCCUCGUUGUGUGGCGCCCGCGGUGCUCGGGGCUCCGUUGUUGCUGGAUCAGAGAUGGGCUGAGGCGGAGAAGGGCGAACCUCCCACCAAGCAACUGCGAGGCGGUUACCGAGGUCACCCUUUGCGGGAGUUCUUAUUUGCGCUUCUCCCCCCCCCCUCCGCUCCUGUCCUCCUCUGCUUUUUCGGCCCGAGCAGGCCAGGGAAUGUCCCGGUGGCGCAAUGCCUUACGUGGACCGGCAGAAUCGCAUCUGUGGCUUCCUGGACAUCGAGGAGCACGAGAGCAGCGGCAAGUUCCUACGCCGCUACUUCAUCCUGGACACACAGCAGGGCAGCCUGGUGUGGUUCAUGGACAACCCGCAGAAUCUUCCAGUCGGCGCGGACUGCGUGGGCUCCCUCAAGCUCACUUACAUUUCUAAGGUCAGCGAUGCCACUAAGCUGCGGCCAAAGGCAGAGUUCUGUUUUGUCAUCAAUGCCGGGAUGAGGAAAGUAUUCCUGCAGGCCAAUGAUCAGCAGGACCUGGUGGACUGGGUCAACGCACUCAAUAAAGCUACUAAGAUCACGGUUCCAAAGGUCUCAGACUCCCAGCAGAAUUCUGAAAACCACAAGUCGUUGCAGGAUGCCGUGGGACCCAAGAAACAAGUGUCCUAUAAGACGGAGAUCAUAGGAGGGGUUCCCAUUGUUACCCAGACUCAGCAUGAAGGUGGCGAUGGGACAGAGCGAGCGGAGCGCGAGGCCAUGCAUCGGUCGCACAGCCAACUGCCAUACUUUCUGGGUAGGCCGACCCAGGACCACGUGGUCAUCAAGUCGGGCUAUUGCGUCAAGCAAGGCGCCGUGAUGAGGAACUGGAAACGGCGAUAUUUCCUCUUGGAGGAAAACUCCAUGAGCUACUUCAAGUCAGAUCUGGAGAAAGAGCCGCUGAGGAUGAUCCCGCUGAAGGAAGUUCACAAAGUGCAAGAGUGCAAGCAAAGUGACAUUAUGAUGCGUGACAAUCUGUUCGAGGUGGUCACCACAUCUCGGACAUUUUACAUUCAGGCGGACAGCCCCGAGGAAAUGCAUAGUUGGAUCAAGGCCGUCUCGGGGGCCAUCGUAGCCCAGCGUGGGCCCGGGAGGUCUGCUGCCACAAUGCGGCAGGCCAGACGGCUGUCGAACCCCUGUAUACAGAGGUAUACGUCUCGAAUUGGGGAGUGCAGCAGCACGAGCACACCGGCCGCUCCACAUUCUACCGCACCCCCGCGGGCCCCCCCGUCCCUCGCUCGCCCGUAUCCUCCGCGCCACCCGGGCAGCCAGAUUGGGGCGAUUCCGCCGCCGCCCCCGUUGCGUGCGGCCCACGCUCGGAGCCUGGCGUGGGACAGCGAGCACUUCAUGAGCCUGUUACCCCGGCCCACUCGGAGCCGCACCCCAGCCCGCCUCUCCCUGCAGGAGACGCGGCUGGCGAAGUGAGCCCCUCCGGCGAGGAGUCGCCGUGGCGGCGGCGGAGCGCCCUGGAGCCGCACGCGCCCGAGCCCAAGCCCCCCUUGAACCUGGAUGACGCCGACCUGCCGGUGAGCGAGGUCUGAGCAGGACUAGUUCGACCCAAAACGGCUGACGGAGUGAGCAAUUGUUGUAGGGGACACGAGGCGGCCAGCGUUGAACUUACGACCUCCUCCUUUCCUGGUGCUGUCGGUGCUAGCACACACACACACAAGAAAAAAAAGACGGGUCAUCCUCCUGAACUUGUGUGCCAAAGAUGACCCAGUCUUCACCCGCAGUCCACCCGCUCAUUUAUUUACCUUGGCGUAUUUAUUCGGCAAACGAAAUGACGAAUGGACACUUUUCAGCCGUGACAUCAGACCACUCCAGCUCAGACUCUCCCUGUCGUUACCUUUACUUACGCUGCUUGAGUUCAAUAGUGGUGUCUUUUAAAAAAAAAAAAAAAAAAAAAAGGAGCUAAAGGAAAAAACACAUCAGCUGAGAUGCUAAAAUGCAAAAGUUUAACACCUUCCCCUUGUCUAUCAACCAAAAAAAGCAGUACGCUCAACUUAAACUCAGCCUGAUUAACAAUAUGGACGGCGAGCCUUCGUUAGCUUUCCAAUUUCACCGUUGAUCAGAAAGUCAAAGCGCUCAAACUGCGCGGAAAUCGACAACCCCGUACUAUUAUCAACCAUUUUACUGAAUUAUUAGCAUCUCCUUUCAUUAGCGAAAUAAAGGGUAGCUAGCGGGGGAGAAAAGGGGCCGUGCGGUCCGAUGUCACUGUGAAAACGGGUCCUGCUGUCUUGGGAUAUCGAGGGCGUGUUCCGCUUCACGAGGAUGCACCUCUUUGACCACUAAGUGCCAAGAAUAAAAGGGAGCGUUUAGGGAUCACAAAAAACAAAAAAAAAAAAAACAAGAGGACUGAUCUUUUCAUCUCUCUAAUGGACCGAGUAUAAAUAAGCUGUGUGGUUCUUACACUCUCUUAACACUGGACUUAACCCCGUUUUUGUUUAACAAGUGUCACUCUCCAGCCCCGCCGUUUGGAUUUUUCAUACAUUGGUUCUUGACUGUUUUAGGACUACCCGCAACCACGCUAAUAGCAUAAUUGCCCAAGUCAUUUUUUAAAGGUUUUCUGUGAACAAAAAAAAAAAAUUCAACUAACGAGAGUCCAGUUUUUUCAAUUCAACUUUUGCUGAUUACCAUGAUCAAGAAUUAAACAGACAUAACGGAAAAAAAACAAAAUAUAUAUAUAUAUAUAUAUCAAGCAGAUUUGUGUUUUUAUUGGUGCCGUUACAUUAAGCCAAAUAUGACUUGGGCAAAUAAGCUAUGAGGCAAAUGAUAUUAAUAAGUCUAUGUUGAGACUAAAUGUGUGUUUUUGUGUGUGUCUGUUGCAGCGGUUAAAAGUUUUACGUACUCGAGCUCAAUGGACCUUUCCGACUGGCGAUCUUCAGCUCUGCCCCCCUUAGAUACAGUUGCCAUGCCCCACAAUCUUGCAAAAUGGCGACUGAACAGAAUAGGUUUGAACUGGAUCCUCAUAUCGCGUAUUCCAGAUAAUAUUGGGGUAUGUUUUUUUGCCAAAUGUGUCGGACUAUGUCCAAGAGAGUUCUACAGGGAGGUCUCAACUAUUUCACGCAAGGGUACGUACACGGAACUAAGAUUUUGGACGCAAUGUCAGUGUUACACCGAAAUGUUGGUGAUCAAUGCAAAAAAUUUGACACCUCACAAACUUCAUAUUGAAAUCCAACAGGAUAAAAUAGUGGAAUCGUACUGAGCAUGUAAAGCAGGGUGAGUACUUUUUGCUUGGAAACGUCACGAGUAAUAUCAUUCUGGUCUUUAAAAAUGAGUGGGUGUAUUCAUUUGACUUGGCUGGUAAUGGAACCCAGUGCGCUUUCUUAAAAGUCCCAUUUGAUACAAAGACAUUUCUCUUCCACGACAUCUCGCAUUUACGUAUUACAAACACGACUCGUUGGCAUAAAACAUGACACACUUCGUUCAGCGGGUCAGUGAUACGCUAACAAAGUGAGAGUUGUUCUCCAAUAUAUAAGGCACUGAUAAUAAUUCAAUCAAACUCCGAGAAGAUACUUCUCCUUCACUUACCUUCGAACAUACAGCAUUGUGUUUGUUGAUAUUGUUCACAUUUAGUUGUACGCGCGCUCUUCCGCGAGCCUUAAUCCAUCGUAGAUACUUCAACUGUGUUUUAGGCUUUGGUAAAUGAAUCAAGCGUGCCCCUUGUAACCUAGCCGGAUAUCUUUCAUCAGAAUCGCACGUUCCCCAAGCGCAUGUGAGGACCAUUUUCUUUGAACGUUAAAUUUUCCAAGCGCACGCUACUGACAACCAGUAUUGCUCGUGGGAGAAUAUGGCGAGAGAGGCGUGUCAAGCCAGGGGUUAAGACAACGCGGCUAUCUGAUUGGCUAUUAUUGUACAAGUGAUUGACAGGUCGGAAAGGUCCAUUAGCCUCACCGCUAAGAGUAGUGCACCAGUCUUCAAAGCACUGCAAGGUUUCUUUUCUUUCGGGUUUUUUUUUUUUUGUCAUUUUGCUGUUUCCAUUAAAAACACGUUUUAAAAAGACAAGUAAAUCUUGUAUAUUUUAAUGACUCCCGACUUGGGAUGGGCAAAAAAAAAACAAAAGCGAUUCAUUGUGCGGUGUUGUUGAUUCAUCGUUUCUUCAAGCCAUCGAGACAAAAAUGUCGUGCUCGCCUUUCACAUCCAUUCUUUAACGUACUUGCUAUGCUGUCGAAAGGAAGCACAACACAAGUCAGUUAAUUCUCCUAUUUCUAGAUUUUUUUUCAUCCAGAGCUGCUCUUUGUCCGCAUGAGUGUUUUCAGAUUUAGUUUUUUAUUUUUCCAUUGCUUUUUGUACAUAUGUGCUGUGUAGUACAUGUAGGCUUCUUUGCUUCGUUGCUAAUGUGUUACCGUAGCGGACCCCCUCUCUGCUGUGGUCCAAUUAAUAUACAGUACUCACCAUUCAAACUUGAAUCAUUUCACAUCCCAAGCUAUUUUAAUAUCCAUUCCCGUCUGGUGUCAUAGCUCUGGAUUGUCUCUAUUUAUUAUGUGGAUUAAAUAAACAGUGGAAAUGUG